GAUUCAGAAACUCCAAAUACUGAACUCCUCCUCCUCAUCAUCAUCAUCGUCUCACUGGACGCAUCUGCAGGCUGCAGGAGCAGAGCGAUAUGAGUUUACACGGAUGCAUUCAAACUUAGAUUUUGUCCUCUGCUCAUUGAAUAUCCUUCAAACAGAUAUGAGGGACAUUUAAGAUAAAGACAAGCGACAAUCCCGGCUCAUUUGAAAUAUUCAUCUUGUCACAAAAAAAAAAAAUCUCUUUUGAAUUCAUAAUGGGAUUACGCAUAUUUGGCACGCCACUUUACGCAUAUGCGUGCGCCUAUUUCUUUGUUUUCAUCCUGCAAGCUGCCCAGUCUCAGAGGGACCCGGGGACACAACAAAGAAGUAACCAAAGAGCGGCUCUCCGGCAGACGCUACAGUGGUCGCACAACGGCAAGGUUUUUAGCAUUUUAAGCCAAGGCUCGGAGUAUCAACCACCGAGGCGAAGGGGCGCGCCUCAGGAACAAGUGCAGGCGCGACCUGUCACCAUCAUCCGUGAUGCAGACGUGAGACAUACAGACACCUCAAACCCGCCGGUGGCCCAGCAGCAGCCUCCCAGGCCAGCAUCCAAUCCGCGCAGCUCCGUUGGCCUCCCUCCUCCGCUCCAAAGGCUCGUGAGAGGGCACGAGCACCGCCAGCAUCACCAUGACCGCCCGGGAGAGCGCACGGGGACGCAGAGGAGCAGCCCAGCCAAUGAGACCCACGAAAAACCCUUCGUCAGUCCGCCUUUGCCCAGGAGAGAAGACAUGAUGGUCGGUGAUGAUCCCUACGACCCAUACAAGUCCAUUGAUGGUGAUAAUCCAUAUUACAAUUAUUAUGACGUUUACGAGAGACCGAGGCCCAGGGCGAGACCCGGAUAUGGCACAAGGAAUCAUCAGUACGGUCUCCCUGAUCUCGUACCUGACCCAUACUACAUUCAAGCCUCUGCUUAUGCCCAGAGAGUCCCAAUGUACAACCUGAGAUGUGCAGCUGAGGAAAACUGUUUGUCAAGCUCAGCCUAUAGGUCCGGCAUUCGAGACUAUGACACCCGCAUGCUGCUGAGGUUUCCUCAGAGAGUCAAGAACCAGGGGACAGCUGACUUCCUCCCCAACAGGCCACGUUACUCUUGGGAGUGGCACAGCUGUCACCAGCACUUCCACAGCAUGGAUGAGUUCAGCCAUUACGAGCUGUUGGACGCCAGCACCCACCAUUCGGUGGCCGAGGGUCACAAGGCCAGUUUCUGCCUGGAGGACACUUCCUGUGACUAUGGCUACUACAGGCGAUUCGCCUGCACCGCACAUACCCAGGGCCUGAGUCCGGGAUGUUAUGAUACCUACAAUGCAGACAUUGACUGCCAGUGGAUUGACAUCACAGAUGUGAAACCUGGAAACUAUAUCCUCAAGGUCAGUGUAAAUCCACAGUAUCAGGUCCCAGAGAGUGACUUCAGCAACAACAUUGUGCGCUGUGAUGUUCGCUACACUGGCAACUACGCCUACGUGUCAGGUUGUCACAUGUCGACGUAUUAAGAAAUGACAGCAUGUUCAUUCGCAGCAUGUUCUGAAAAUGACAAUGAAGAGGACUGCAUACGAAAGCUUUUAAAACAUGAAGAAAUAAAUCUAAAAUAGUUUUAAAUUGUUUAUAAUUUAAAAUAAUCCCUUUUUUUUGGAAAAAGUAGUAUCAAUCUGACAACAUAGCGCCAGAUAAUGUUCAAUUCUUCUUUGCUUAGUGGGAAAGCAGUUUAUUUUCUCCUUACUGAUAAAUAUAUUCAUAUCUCUUCUCCUCUCGUGAGAUAUUUUUCGUUUCUUACUUCUAUGUUAGCGUAUGCUUGUAUUUUACUUUUUGUUGUUGUUAAUUGUUAAAAAAUAAAAUCCAUGAAAUUCCUAAGCUCGAAUAGCAAAAUACAAACAUAAAAAAGCUUUUCCUCAUUGUUAAGUCAAUAUCAGUUAUAUCAAAAUUUUAAAAUGAACCAGCUCUUUAAAGGAAAAUGUAUUUGUUAUAUAUUUAUAAACAAAAGAAGAAACUCUUUACUAAAGCUUUAAUAAAACUCUGUGAUAAUGUAUCACUUUUUAAGUG